AGCGCGACAUCGAGUUGACGAAGAGCGCACGCCGGUGCUGCCUACCAUGUCGCUGCCGCAUGGCAAUUCAAUAUCUGCUCGCUCAACCUCCCACGAUUGACAAACCUCACCCCAUACACGCCACUACAGGGACCGACGACACCAGACCGCGACUCCUUGAAUACGCUCACUUGUGCCACCGCAGAGCACUCCACGAUGUGGUUUCUCGAGCAUGAAAGUCUCUUUGGUGGCAAAAGGGUGUGGUUGCGACCGGGUUCGCAGCAAUUAUAUGGACGGACGUCGAAGGCAGCUGCAGGCGAGGAGGGGAAGAGCAUCUUCAUCGAUCAUAAGGCCGUCUCGAGACAACACAUGAUGAUCAAAGUGCUGGACGUACCGGCUGAGGAUGGAAGCAAGCUACACGCACGGUCCCAAGUGGUGGUCACAGAUUUGAGUUGCAGACAGGGAACAACCAUUGAUGGAGACAAAAAAUUGCUAAGCAAGAAGGAAGCGGGAGGAGGCAUCGAAUACGAUCGAUAUAUCCUGCCAGGAACGGAGCAUACGAUUCGAUUGAUCGAAAGCUAUCCGCCAUUCAGGCUCACGUGGCAGCCUUUCGUGUUCACCUUUGCAUCCAAAGAAAGCAAGGCACGCAGCACGCAACUACACGCUCUCGACGUUAAGACCACCACCGAUUUCGUCUACGGAAAAACCACACACGUCGUUUCCCAGAAACGGAAUCUGCCUAAGGUUCUGCAAGGUCUCGUAGCUGGAGUUCACAUUGUUACGGCCGACUUUCUCGAUGCGGUGCUUCGACUGGCAACCCCUCAGAACGCAAACUUCGAUAACUUCAGGGCGUCAAAGUUGGAGGAGGAUUUUGAUUUGUGCUGGCCGAAAGAGAAGGAAUACGUGCCCCCCGUUGGCGCUGAACCCGUUCCUCGGGACGGACGCUUGCUAGAACCAGAUACGAGCCGAGGGGAAGUGUUCAAGGGGUUGACAUUCGUGUUCAUGGAUGAGAACCAAUACAACAGCUUGCAUGAGCCUAUAACUGGUGGGAAUGGAAAAGCCCUUCUAUUUAAUGUUCGGCUGGGCGAAACAACAGUGGCAGAGUACGUGGACUACGUGCACAGCGUUGUUGGGAAAAAGAAGCCAACCAAGGCAACUGGUGACCAGCUACCGGUGGUAACGAUCCGGCUCCCAAUUGUUCCCGAAGGACUAGAAGACUGGGCGUCGGAAUUCGUUACCGGAGUCGAUUAUGCCCUGAAUCAACGUUCGGUCCUCCAGAAUGAAUUCCUCGACGCUAUCAUCUCCAACGACGCCUCCGCGCUUCGAAAGCCACCACCUGAAGCGGAGGCCCCUUCGAGCACUGGCCCUGCUGCUAAGAUGGAACCAAUGUCUAGUCCGCGCCAUACCAGAGCCCGAUCAAGAGAACCAUCCCAGGCGGCCGAGGAGCAGCAGCCCACUAAGACGAAUUCUCGAAAGCGUCCCAUGCGGCGAGGGGCCACAGCGAGUCGCUUCACAGGGUUCGAUGACUACGAACCCCCGGCCAAGCUUCGCAAAGUGGAAGAAGAUACGCCCAUGGAAGAUGUACCAUCUUCGAACUUACCCCAAGAAUCUCACGGUCAAACUCAAUCGAGCCAUGAACUACCUUCCCGACGAUCUCAGAGACAUCAAUCUCCAGCCGUUCCCAGCGUGGAAGUGCCGCAAGAGGACAAUCAAAUCGACCAGCUGUUCCCGGCGGCAGCAGCAAUGAAGCGGCAACGAGCGGCAACACGCGCCGCAUCUGCAUCCGUGGAGCCAGAAACCCAGGCUGGGGGAAGCAAGAAGAGAACCGUAGGCGGGGAAGUCCUAGCCAAACUCCAAAAGUCAAAGAUGAAAGUCUCCAAGGAGAUCGACGUCCGCGAGGCAACACGCCAGCGGCUCCAGGAGCAAGAAGAGCAGCGCAAGGCGGACGAAGAGAAGCUGCGCGAGGCACUCGAAGGCGUCGACAUAUCCGAGAUCAGGGGGCUCGUGAAGGUGGAGGAGAUGGAGAUCAGACCGCGUCAGGAUAGAGCACGGUUGCAGCAGCAACAGCAAGCAGGGACGUCUUCUGAUCGCUGGAAGGAAGAAUGGAACGGACGGAAAAACUUCAAGAAAUUCAGGCGCAAGGGCGGUGUAGAGAGACCGCCCGCGCGCGAGAAGGCCAUCGUCGCGCUCGAAGAAGCGCCGCACAAGAAAGGCCUCGGUCUCGGUGAUGCUUUCUUACUGGACAACGUCCCUUCUGCGCAGCAGGGCAGCAGCAAGGACAAGGACAACGACGACGACACCACCCAACCUAGCACAAGGACAAGGAAAGGCAGCAGCAAGCCCGCCGCUGUCGUCGUCCAGGACUCCGAAUCCGAUUCUGAAGAGGAGCCCGGGUUCGUCAGGCGCAAACGCAGCAGCCCGCCCGAGGUCAUCAACGUCGAGGACAGCGAACCCGAAAUCAGCCCAGACCCUCCCGUGCCUAGAGGAACCGCGGGGACGAGGUCGAGCGGACGUACUACGCAGCGUGUGGAGGAGACUCAGGUUACCACUGCCAACACGCAGACGCAGACGCAGACGCAGAGGGGCUCGAGGAAGAGAGCUGCUCCUCCUGCUGCGGCGGCGGGUCCGAGCAAGAGGACUAGGACGAAGGCGAGGGGCGAUGAUAGCGAUGACGAAGAGACGGGGUUCCGAUUGAGGAAGAGAAAAUAAGUGGGCGUCGAUAUAGAUUUCGUGAGAUACCAGAUACCAGAUACCAUAUCCGAACCAAAACGAUAACGUAGC